UGUAAACAUUCUCGCGGGAAGACAAGAAACAGCGGGAACUUUACUCAUCAAGUUAUUUCCUCUUUUCGCUUUAUUUACCCGUAAUUACUCACCAUGAAGGAAUUGCCCGAAGUGAAACCGAGUGAGAUUACUGGCGUCUUAGAAAGGCUCUUCCUGAGCAACACUAAGACUGCAGAGUCUGUGGUGGUGGAAGGGGAACACCUGAUCCUCUCACGCGAAGCUUGUCCAGAGAUCCUCCUUUUGGCCAACAAGCAAAAGCCAGAGAUUAUCCUCGUGCAGAAGUUCACUGAGCACAUUCGUCGCCUAAUGAGUGUUGAUGACCCUGGAAUGCUUAAUAAUAAAAGCCAUAGCAAAGUUAUUCGUACACCAACCAAAGAAAAAUCUUCAGGUGAUGAUUUGGACGUGACUGGUUCACCUCUGAGAUGCCCCUUCAUGGUAGACGAUACGUCGACUUCUCUCCCCUUCACUGUCAGUCUCUGCGCAACCGGGCAAGAAAAAGAAAUCAUGAAGGGAGCUCUCGUACACCCCAUCUCUGCAACAAGUUUGGUGAGGAUGUUCAGAUUUUUAUGUUGA